AUGUUGCGAGAAGAAAGUAUUCCUGAGCGACCAGAAGAAAUUACGGUUCAUGAAAGUAAUGCUGCCAUGACCAAUCCAGAAUUAUCUUCGGCACAUCCACCUUCAAACGACACAGUAGAAACUGUGCCUACAAUAUCAACAAUACGGGACACGUCUAAGAUGGCUGGAAUUGCAAAAGGUCGUGUAACACAAAUAAAAGUGUUUCGUAGCAGUUCUUUAGAUUCUUGA